CCAAAAAUAUAUUUUCUGAAAUUGUAUCAGCAACAAAAUAUCAGCAGGCAGAAUUCAAAAACAAAGUUUGAUGACGAAACUUUUAAUCGUUCGUUAUCGUUAUAAGUAGUUUGAACAAAGAAAAAAUAUGCUCAAACGCAAUUGCGAUUAAAAAAAUUGUUUUUAAUUUCAAAAUUUCAUUUUUUAUUGUGUUCUGUGAAAAAGUUUUUAAAUAAAAAGUAAAAGUUUCGAUAUAAGUUAAAUAUGAACAUGGAAAAUCCUAAGCGAUGGUGGUACAUGACAUUUCUUUUCUUGCUGCUGGUCAUUACAAUAUGCAUCUUGAAAAUAUCGGAUUGCAGUCGCAAAAACCUUGAACGAAAAAUGCUUGUAGAACGUCAACUUGCACUUCGGAAUCUUCACAAAGACACAAAUUUUGACAUUCUAAUCUUCACACAACAUUGGCCUUACACAGUUUGUGCCCAAUGGAUGGAAAGCAAAAGCGGACACGAAUGCAUGUUGCCAAAAGCGAAAAAUUCGUGGACAAUUCAUGGGAUUUGGCCUACAAAAUAUCAUACAAUCGGGCCACUCUUUUGCAAUGAGACUUGGAAAUUUGAUAUGAAUACGAUCGCCUCAAUUGAAAGUGAAAUGAGUGAAAAAUGGAUAAACAUUGAAAAAGGGACCCCCCUGGAUGGUUUGUGGUCUCAUGAAUGGGAAAAGCAUGGGACAUGUGCAGCUGAACAUAUUCCACAGCUCAAUUCAGAAAUUAAAUACUUCCAACAAGGACUUGACUUCCUUGAUCGUUUCUCAAUCACAAAACUUUUAAUGUCAAGCUAUAUUAAACCUGGGCUAGAUGUGACUUAUAAACUUGAAGAAAUUCACAGUGCUUUGAGUGCUUCCUUGGAUGAUAACUUUGCAAUUGUUUGCGAGAGAGACAAGAAAAGUAAACGUGAAUAUCUUUUCGAGAUUAGAAUUUGUUUCGAUUUGGAACUGAAUCUGCAUAGCUGUGAUGGGAUUGUAAUGGAUGAAGGUGAAGAUCCCGAUCCUGAAGAUGAAAUUAUAACAAAUUGUCAAAAGAAUCAGGAAAUUGCUUAUCCAUCGUCAGCAUGGGUGAUGCAAAGGCAAUGGAUGAAACGUAAUGAAGAGAGAAGAUUUGUCGACAAAUCUUGGAUGAAACAUGUUGUGAAUUCGUACAAACUUGUAAGAUUCCUUCAAUGGGUCACUCUGUAAAUAUUAAAUUCAUUCCGCUGAUCCAAGAAAUGUUCGACACCACAAGAAUGUGCCUAAGGACGUAAUCUGAUGAUUUUGUUUAUCAAUGUUUAAAGUUUUGAUCAGUGUUUUUGUGAGUAGUGAUAGAAAAAUUGGCCUCAUCAGCAUUUUUUGCAAACUAAUUGUCAAAGGAACUUAAAGCGUCAAAAUUUUUACCUGAUAUUGAUUUUAGAACAAAAAUUACAAAUCGUACCUAACAUUUUAGAUCUGUUUCAAUUUCUUUUGUUGUAACUUCUUUUUGAACUUAUUUGAGAUGAAAAGAAAGAUUAAAAGUCUGUGCAAAAGUGAUCCCCGUAAAAGUCAAAGUAAAAAAUAUUCACAGAUCAGUUUAUCGUGAAAUUUCGUCCAAAUCACAGUCUCAACCUGCCAAAAUGAAUACUUUUUGUUCAUUUAUUAAAUUAUUAAAGUCUUUUUUCUUGUGAAUCAUUCAAUAAUUAGCUCGAUCGUUGUGCAAUCUUUCCUGUAACGAACAGUUCACCAUAUGACAAAAUUUAAAGUAUUUUUACUUUAUUAAAAAUGAUUAUAAAAUCAGAAAACUAAAUUCAAUUGAAAAUAUCUACCAAAAUUAACAAAAUUUUACUGCCUGAAAACAUCCAAAAAAGUUUUUGAUUUCUAAAAAAUGUCAUGAAAGUUUCAAUUUCUUAAUUAUUUACAUCAAAAUAUUUUCUUUAACCAGAAGUUGUUUUAAUUCGUAAUAUUUGGAUAUGGUAGCGUAAUUAUCGCUUGUAAUGUCACAUUAAUAUUCAUAUUGCUACAAAGCGGCUGAAGAAAUUUAAGAACUUUAAUAUAAACAAAUAAAUUAUGAGUAGUUUAGGUAUAAAUAGAUAUUAAAUCUUGUUUAAACAGAGACAAGCAUUCUAAUGUUUGUUGAUGAUUUGUUUCUGUAAAUAAUAAUCUUUGAAUAUUCCUUAAUAAUUAUCAUCACGACUUUCACGGAUCAUCGUGACGAAUAUUUAAUGAACUUCAAAUCGAUGGAACUUCUUUAGUAUCUUUUUUCUUUCGCUAAAUUCUAAGAUAAAAAUAUUUUUUUAUGAAGUAAAAUAAAAACACGAAAG